GCGGGGCCAGGCGGCCCGGGCCCGGCGGGGGUGCCCAGUUGGGGGUGUUGUCUGGGGCUCGGCCCGGCCGCAUGGACGACAGCAAGGUAGUUGGUGGCAAGGUAAAAAAACCAGGCAAGCGAGGUCGUAAACCAGCCAAAAUAGACUUGAAGGCAAAACUCGAGAGAAGUCGUCAGAGCGCAAGAGAGUGCAGAGCACGAAAGAAGCUGAGGUACCAAUAUCUGGAAGAACUGGUGUCAAGCAGGGAGAGAGCCAUCUGUGCUCUCAGAGAAGAGUUGGAAAUGUACAAGCAGUGGUGCAUGGCAAUGGACCAAGGGAAAAUCCCCUCUGAAAUAAAAGCCCUACUAACUGGAGAGGAGCAAAGCAAAGUGCAGCAAAACUCUACCAAACUUUCCAAGGUUGUGAAAACAGAAGCAAACAGCAACAACCCCUGGUGAAAGUUGAUCAGCUGAUACAGAAGUCAGUGGUGAGUCCAGCCCUGCUCUGCAUCUCGUGAAGGAAUGAUGAAGAUCUUGCUUUGCUGGUUCUAUUUGCCACCUUCCACCAAAUUGAAAUCUGCAUAACUUUUUUUUGGUCACAAAUUCAACUUGAAUAUGAAACUCCUAGCGUACAGAUUUUGAAUAUUGAAGCAUAUUUAGUAUGUACCUGUAAUAUCUCCUAUAGGUAGACAGAAGCAACAUCUCAGCUUUUAAAUGUCUCUGCUGUUAAUACUGCAAUGUAGACUGUUUUUGUGAUUUGAAUUUAUUUUUAUUAUUACUCAUGAAAGCCUCCAAGCUUUUAAUCUUCAGUAAGAUCUGAAGCCUCAUGCACCUAAUCACUCGACCAAGAUGAAGCUGAUUUUUUUUGUCUGUGGUAUGUUGUGUAUGCAUGGCGCAUGCUGUAACAUCUCCUCUGAGAAGAUGUUGUCACUAUGUACAGAUAUUGUCAUUAUAUUUGUUCUGUCUUUCCUUCUUUAAACUGUGAUGAGACAAUUAAGAUUCUUAUCAUUUUACUAAUGAUUUGCAUGAAUAUCUGCUUAAAAGUAAAAUAAAAAAACCCACAAACCCA